UAUGUAGCAAAUACACUUUUAGAGCCCGCCACGCUGAUGGCAUUCUGACUAUUUUUGUGUCAAUUUCAACGUUACCGAUUCGAUUCCAUCAGAGAGGAAAUAUUUGAUACAAAAUCAGAUUAUAAUAUGUAUCGCCAUAGUAAUUAUAUUUAAAAUCAAAUGCAAUGCAAGCUAAGAAAAGUAUGGCGGCGUGGGAAGGCGAAAAAUUUCAAGAAAUCGGGAAUGCCGAUGAUAUCGAAGAGAACUUUAAUAACAUUCUCGUGACACAUGAUCUUCAAGAUUGUCUGGAUGAUAGUUUAGAUUUAACCAGUUUUGGGAAAGUGUAUGAAGAAAGUGGUGUAUUUGAUUACGAGAAGUAUUCCGAUGACGAUGCUCCUAUAGACGAAAAACUAUCAAAUAAUAAUGUUACCGAGUCAAUACAUUCAAUCAAUCCUCAUGAAAUUUAUAUGCGUAUCCAUUCUGGCCGAGAUGAUAUUUCAACAAGUAAAUCUUCACAUACAACUACUGCAAUUCAAAGCAUAGUUCCAGAUGCAAAUCAGAAGCAUAUUGGUCGAUAUACCUGUGAAUAUGAAGGUUGUAAUAGGACAUAUAGUACAGUUGGUAAUCUACGUACCCAUAUGAAAACACAUAAAGGCGAGUAUCGAUUUAAAUGUGCAGAACCAAGUUGUGGCAAGGCAUUUCUUACGUCGUACAGCCUUAAGAUUCAUAUUAGAGUACACACAAAAGUGAAACCAUUUGAAUGCAACCACAAAGGCUGUGAAAAAGCAUUCAAUACCCUUUACAGACUGAGAGCUCACCAAAGACUUCACAGUGGCAACACAUUUAAUUGCGAAGAGACUGGAUGUGUUAAAUUUUUCACUACUCUAAGUGAUCUCAAGAAACAUAUACGUACUCAUACUCAAGAAAGACCUUACAAAUGUAGGGAAAAAGGAUGUGGUAAGGCUUUUACAGCAUCACAUCAUUUGAAAACGCACAGAAGAACACAUACGGGAGAACGACCUUAUGUAUGUACUGUAGGCAAUUGCAAACGAUCCUUCACCACACCGCAUAGUUUAAAGAGUCACUUGAAGACUCAUAAGAGAACGACUGAUAUCGACGAAACGAAACACGAAGUCAAUAAAGAUGAUUACAGAAACCAAAGAAACAGUGAGAUAUUGAAAACCGAAAUCGAUGUUGAUGAAAUAACGUCGAGAAAUACAAAUGUGCCAUGUUAUGCCAUUAUACCGUUAUCUUCUAGCAAUACACAAAAUAAGGAAAGUAUUACUUAUUUAUCUAUUGAAAAUCCAAAUGAUCAGUCAUCUUCUACAAAUGAUAUGAUAGAUAUCUUAAAUCAAAACAGACUAACCAAAGAACUUGAUUAUAACAUCACUAACAAAGAUGCUGAAAAUUUAAAUAAAUCAACAAAUGUCACUGUUCUUGCGUCGGAAAAUAUUGUCAUAGAUAAUUUUACCGGGCAUACAAUUGAUAAUUUUAAUAAUAAUGAAAGUUAUGACAAAUUUAAAAUAUUCAAUGAAGUAAAUAAUUCGAAUUUACAACGGGAGCAAAAUCAACAAUAUAGUUCUAAUCCUUCAACGAAAGUGCAAGAUAGCAAGGCAAAUAAUACAAAUAAGUCCAAUUCACUAAAUUUGGAGCAAAAAAUUAUACAAGACGGCCUACAAAAUACUAUUGUUCACAUCUCAGAAGGAACGAAUUUUACAAGUGAUGUGCAACAAUAUGUAAAUGACAAUACUAUUGCUAAGAAAGUUUAUGAUAAUAAAACAAAUGUAAGUGCGGUUGCUGAAAACAAUAAUGCGACUUUGUACAACACAAAUUCUGUUACUAGUCAUGUAUCAAAUAUAAUUAGUUCCUCUAGUGAGACUCAACUCUUUGAUAGUGAGAUAGGAAAUUUACCAUUUAUUAAUGAUAGUUUACGAACUGGAUCUCUUAAUGAAGUUGAACAUGUAUUGAAUUGUAAUGUUAUUACAACUACGCAGUCGGAAGCUAUUGAACUAGCCAUAGCAUCCGAGGAGGAAAUACCUUCUCCCUGGAUAGAUGUCAUGGCAUUGGCAACACCAUCUGCUUUAAGGCGGCAGUCCUGGUCGGAAUUGAACGCUUUUCCAACAGCGGUUCACUCAUUAGUCGAUUUAGUUGAACCGGAACCGUAUCCUUUACAGAUAGAAAAUGACUUGCAACCACUACAAGUAAAUAAUGUAAAUUUAGUAGACGUGGAAAACAUUAAUACCGAAUGUACCGAAGUCACAUGUUGUAAAGAGAACGAUAAAGAUAAAGAAAGCGAAAAUAGAAUAAAAAUAAAAAAAAGUAGAAAUAUCCUACAGGAGAUUACAGCCGAAGCAGAUAUAUGCAAAUGUAUUGAUUGUAAAUGUGAUCAUCUACAAAAUUGUCAAAAUUGCUCAAACAAUACAAUUCCUGAAAUGGCUAAAAAGCAUGUUUCAUCGAAAAUAGUAGAUGAUUUAGUGUCCUGUAUACAAAGCGAAUGUGUUUGCGACAAUGAGCCCGGUGGUUGUGGGUCUUGUUGUGUUGUGAUAUGUUUAAAAACAUUGCAGCAAUUGCAAAAAGUAUUCAGUCGUAAUUGCUGUAAAAGUACUAACAGUAUAACGUGUUGUAGAGAAAAAUUGUUAUCCCCAUUAAUGAAGUGCCAGUUAACAAAAAACCAAUGAGGCAAAUACUUUAGUGUGUAACUAGUCAUGUCGAAAGAAAUAUUUUUACAUAAAUAUUGAAUAAGAAUCUGUUAUUUAUCGUAAUAUAUAAGCUAAUUUUUCUUAUAAAUGUCAAUGUUUAAAAAUUUUGUCUAGAACAAUCGAGAGUAUGGGACUGUGUGUAUAUAUUUGUAUUAUGUUUCAAGAUUUUGUUAUAUAGAUGCAAUAUGUAAAUGUUAUAUAUUUUUAAAGUAUGUCAAUUUAUUUGUAGAUUUUUUACUUAAAAGUUUUUAAAUGUACAUCGCUGUUGAAUAGUUUUGAAUAGUUUAUAGAAAAGGAAAAAUUGCAUUGUGUGCUGUAAAAAAUAGAAAAAUGUCAUUGUAAGAAACGAAAAUGCCAAAUUUGAUAUUUGUAUAUUAAGACGAGGAUAUAACAUAUUUUAAUGUGCAAUUACCAUGUACAUACAAUUCUUAUACAUAAUGAUUGUUGUAAGAUACUUAAAUUCAUGUAAUAUUGGGAAUCAACAAUAUUUAUGGAUUUAUGUAGUAUUUAGAAAAAAUAAAUUAUCUGUGACCAUGCGAGUGUGUGAUGUACUAAACAUAUUAAUAGUUGAAAAAAUAAAAUAUUUAUUGUUUAUCAACUGUUUUCUAAUGUACAACGCUCAGAAGGGAGGUGAUUCAUCAACUUAAGGAGAUUAAUUAUAAAAAAAGUGUGACGAAGUAUGAAAAUAAUGUUAA